AUGACUAAUGCACCAUUUUCCCGAUACACUUUAGCCAAAGAACUAGGAAGCGGAGGAAGCCAGGAGAGAACUUUCUAUUCGAUCUUGGAAACUGAGAGACUUUGUACUGCCUGGUUAGAACAAGCUUCUGGCCAUUAUUCCAUUUAUCCAGAGGCAGAAGGGACCCUCUUGGCCUAUAUUGUAUUGCCUAAGGAAACAGUGUUUCCUCUUACAAGGUACAAUCUUGGCUCCUCUGCCACGAGGGGGGGUGUUCUUGAAAAUGUGCUCCAGAGACCUUCCUAUUUAACCAGGAUGCAAAUUGCAUUGCUACAUAAUUCCCCCUGCUGA